AUGCAGGCGAGCGAUAGGUUUAACAUCAAUUCCCAACUUGAGCAUCUUCAAGCUAAAUAUGUUGGAACUGGCCAUGCUGAUAUGAACAGAUUUGAAUGGGCAGUGAACAUUCAGCGUGAUAGCUAUGCAUCAUAUAUUGGGCAUUACCCUUUACUUUCAUACUUUUCUAUUGCUGAAAAUGAAUCUAUUGGUAGACAACGCUACGGUUAUAUGCAGAAAAUGCUCCUACCUUGCGGUCUGCCUCCCGAAAGAGAAGAAGACUAG